AUGGCGACCGCGGCACAAGCGCUCUUGCGCCCGACCGUGCAGCACUCCCCAACCUUGGAAUCUUUUCGGGAUGUGCUGAAUCGCCCAUCCACCAAGAGGACAGAAGGAUUGCAACGUUCGCCCAACGGCUCGUCGGGUGAACACACCAUGGCCAGUAUUCUUCUAUCAAAUCUACGGGAAAGCCCUGUGAUGGAUUCAUCCACCACUCCAAGAUCAGAGCAAGUGACGAAAACUGAUUGUAUCAAGGCCAGCGCAUGCUUACUCUCGGAUUUUGCCUUAUACCCGAGAGAUUCUCACCAGAAGAAGCUCAAGACUUUUGAGAUCUCGGAGUUUCGGAUCGGUCAACCCAUCAUAACUGUGCUAGAAGAUCUGAACCCGCCUGAAGCGGCUGAAGAGAAUGAAAAGCUUGCGGCAAAGCGCAAGGCUGAGGAGAUGGGAUUAGACGAGAAAGAAUUGUUGGCUGCUGAGAUCUUGUCCGCUUCUUUCGGAGGAGGAAGCGAUAGCGUUGUUAGCGCAAAGAGCGGCAGGAGCAAGGCGGCGAGAACUGACGGUCGAGGGCAUGGUAAUGGCUCUCGCAAUUCCAACAGGGCGAGCGUCGCAUCAGAGGGGGGUGAGAAAGACUCAACUGUGGGGAGGUUGAGCAAUCGGCGGCAGUCGUCGAGUGACAGCUCCCCGAGUGCUCCGAUCGUAGAGUGGGCCCGCAAGGUUGUUGAUUUCUUGGAAGUGAACGGGCAGGACCUGCUUCAUGCGAUCUGCGCCCAUUACAGAAUAGAAUUCUCGGGAGAUAUCCGCUCGAUCCGAGACUACUCCAUCGAGCAACUUGCGCACAAUGCAAUCUUUAACCCAGCUCUUCCGAAGACUUCUGGACGACUACCAAAGAUGCUGAGGGAUGUGGACGGGGUGGCGGAUUGGAACAUGACAUUCUUGAAGAACAAAGCAGGAAUCUUUCGAGCCGUUCGGGUCACAGCAACACUCCAUGGAGAUCCAUUGUUCCUCGAGUGCAGAUGUUGCUCCUACUGCGGUUCUUGCUUCAGUGGUCGCUUCAUGAAGCCCAAUGCCAUGCAUCAGCAGGCUGGGGGAUGGAAGGAAAUCACUGAGAGGACGGCAGCUGGCAAGUAUUCCUGGGCAACCUUGAAGGGAUGGAGACUCUGCGUCCCCUGCUUCACCCAUUGGGCUUCCAACGGCACCAACGUGAAUGCCAAUAGGCCAAGCAUUGAGGAUCUUGUCACUGAGCAGAAGCCCGGCAGGACAGAAGGUGUUCUGCGUUGGGAGACCGUCUCUUCUGUAGCGUUCGACCAGAAGUCUGUGGCGGAUCCAUAG